CGGAGUCGUGAGCCAGACAAAACCGAGCAUCACACACACACGUACGCCCAUCGCCCAGCCAGCCUCUCAACCCUCGGCUCAGCCUCCCCUCAGAAUAAACAGCGAAAAAAAGGAAGGCGAAAAGAAAAAAUCAAUCGCGAGCGCUAAGAGCGGAGAUCCAAAUCGGCGCAAAAGGAGGCGCUCGCUCGCUUCGCCCGCACGGAAGUUCCUCCGCGCCGUCGAGGUGAGUUCCGCCCGCCUCGGCCCUUUCCGCUGCAAUCCGCGAGUGUGGAGUUUCGCUUUCUCUGUCUGCUGUACGCGGGGUGAUUCCUCCUCUUGUUCGCGUUGGAUGAAAACAAAACCGGUAGGAACCACUCUCUGUUUCAGUUUCCGCUUCCGUUUGCGUCUCGUUUUGGUUCAGGCUGUCUGCCCUCGUCUCUUAGGGAUCGAGAAUCGCGGCGAGGUUCAUCGAGGCUUCUUGCUCUGAACAGAGGAGCAAACCAAUUGCGACUUGGAAAAGGCUAAUAAGGAAUGGAAUCGAGUUAUGCCACCGAAGAGAGUAACUCUAAAGGCUCUUCUGCAAAUGCAUCUUCAUCUCCAACAGGAAGUUCAGAAACUUCUGUGGAUUUACAAACUCCUCCUGCAGCCAAGGAAAUUCCUGGACGUAUUGAUCAUGAGGGACCAAGCUGGCAUGAGGUCUUAGAAAUGCGGGUUCCUGAUCUAUCAGAAGACAUUGCAGAAUCACAUGCGCCUUCGGAUACAGAUCCUGACAUACUGUCUAAUUCAGGACCAACUGAGGCAUACAUAAGCUCAACAAAUGAUAAGGCAGAUUAUCCUUCUUCAGUAGGCACAAGCGAAGUGAACGGUGUGCCUGUAAAUGUUUCGAACGGAGCUGGAACUACGCUAAAGGAUGAAAUGAAACCUAAAGAAGAUGAUACGCACCAUCAGAUUGAUAGGGAUACAAAGCUGAAAAUGAAACAAGAUUCAGCAACAACACCUGAAAGUCCGUACAGAGGCCUUAUUGACACUGCUGCACCCUUUGAGUCUGUUAGAGAAGCUGUCACCAAGUUUGGAGGAAUUGUCGAUUGGAAAGCUCACAAAGCUCAGAUGAUGGAGAGGCGCAAGCUCAUACAAGUUGAAUUAGAAAACAUUCGAACAGAAAUUCCACUUUGCAAGGAGGAACUAGAAGCCGCUGAGAUGACUAAAUCUCAAGUUGUCGAUGAGCUAGAGCACACCAAGAGACUUAUUGAGGAGCUGAAGCAUCAACUGGAGAAAGUACAGGUUGAAGAAGCUCAGGCAAAGCAGGACUCUGAGCUUGCACAACUCAGGGCACAAGAAAUUGAGCACGGAGUAGCUGAUGAAGCUAGUGCGAUAGCCAGGACACAAAUGGAAGUCGCCAAAGAAAGGCACGAAAAGGCUGUUGCUGAACUUAAGUCAGUAAAAGAGGAGUUGGCGUCAGUACAUGAACAGUAUGCUGCCUUGGUAGAUGAAAGAGACACAGCAAUCAAAAGAGCAGAAGAGGUCAUAUCUGCUGGGAAGGACAUUGAGAAGCGAGUGGAACAACUGACAUUAGAACUGAUUGCGUCUAAAGGGUCUCUUGAAUUGGCCCAUGCUGCGCAUCAUGAAGCAGAGGAACGUAGGAUCGGUGCAGCAUUGGCGAAAGAGCAGGAUUGCAAUGCUUGGGAGAGAGAGUUGCGUCAGGCACAAGAGGAGCUGGAACGAUUAGACAGUAAGCUUGCGUUCAGUAACGAUAUGCAGCACAAUAUUGAUGCAAAUUUGCACAAGUUGCUUAGCCUCAAUUCGGAGCUGUCUGCCUAUGUGGCGAACAAACUGACUGAAGAAGCUGAAGGUGUUUCCAAGGAUCAUGAGUCCGAAGAUUCUAGACACAUUAGCAACGCAGUUAAGGAAGCUCUAGCAUCGAAACAGAAAGAACUUCAGGAGCUCAAAGCCGACAUUGAGAAGGCAAAGGCUGAGGCCAACGUGCUAAGAUUUGCUGCCAUGACACUCAGAUCAGAACUGGACAACGAGAACGCUUCACUUGUCGCGUUGCAGCAGGGAGAGGCUAUGGCAUCCGUUGCUGUUUCUUCACUAGAAGCUGAGCUCAACCGGACGAAACAAGAGAUAGAAUCUGUCAGGUCCAAGGAGGCAGAGGCCCAAGAAAAGAUGGUGGAGCUUCCCAUGGUUUUACAGCAAGCGACUCAGGAGGCCGAGGACGCCAGGGUAGCAGCUCACGCGGCCCACGAGGAGCUGAGGAAGGCGAAGGAGGCAUUCGAGCAAACCAAGGCUGCCGCAGCUGCAGCAGAGACCAGGUUAUCUGCUGUUGUGAAAGAAACAGAAGCAUCCGUAGCAUCAGAGAGGCUAGCACGCGAGGCGCUUCAAGCUUUGCAAGAAAGCGAACAGGCAAGAGAAACUAAGGAUUCUCAGCGAGGAGUGGUGCUUCCUAUAAGCGAGUACUACGAACUUAGCAAGAGGGCACAUGAAGCCGAAGAACAGGCGAGCGAGAAGGUAGCAGAAGCACUGGCACAGGUAGUGUCGGCAAAGGAAUCAGAAGCAAUGAGCCUGGAGAGCCUAAAGGAAGCGUCCGAUGAAAUGGACGAGAAGAAGGAAGCUCUUGAGAUCGCCUUGGAGAGAGCCGGGAGGGCGAACGAAGGGAAGCUUGGCGCGGAGCAGGAGCUUAGGAAAUGGAGAGCCGACCACGAGCAGCGCCGCAGAGCUCACGAAUCCGCGAAACGCGCGGUGAAUCCUUUGAACGGUCCGUCUAGAGUAUUUGUCGAACAGAAGAGUCCAUACCACAAGGAGCAGGAAUCCAAGGUGCAGGCGUCGGGGAGUAGUAGCUACGAGGGCCUCGUUCCAAACCAAAAGAUGCAGAGGAAGAAAUCGCUGUUCCCUCUGAUGGGCUCGGUUCUAUCCAGGAAGACCCGGGCACAGACGUGACGUAAACGAGAUCCUAUAGGCACCUGGGGCUUUGCCAUUCACAUUGCUGUACAUUGGUGUAAUAAGCUGGUUUUUUUUCUUGGUCUUCUUUGGAAAGAGCCUUUUUGUUUUGUUUUAAAGGUUGGUAUAUCCUGUGGAAGGUGUAAUUUAAUUUGUCGGUAUAAACAGCGUAGAACACAUUGGAAUACUUUUAUAUGAUUUUUUUUGGUAACUCAUAGUUCUUCAUGAA